AGAAAUAGGUCAGCGAGUAGACUCCAUCUGGGCACUUCUUUUCCAGUUCAUCAGCUUUCCACACCCCUCCCCUUCCUUCCUCCCUUUCCCCGUCUCUCCCGUUCUUCUGUGCUGCUGCACCACGGUUCUGCUCCUUCCUGAAAACCUGGUUUGCCCUGACUUGAGGUUGUUUCCCCGAAUUACAAAUUAUGUAACUCGUAGACUGAAAUUUCUGUAGACUUAGUUCUCUGGAAAAGGAGGUCGGUUUGAUGGUUUUGCCUUGUGCCAUCUGUAAUAUUUUACUGUUUGACAACAGGGGAGGGGAAUUAAGUUGCGUAAAGCAUGUAGGGCAUUCAUAAGUUCCAAAAGAAAGCCUAUACCUUAAAAAAAAAAAAACCCUCCUCAUCUGUUAUGUAGUCCUUAUGUAGUCCUUCUAACUUUUUUUUUUUUUAAAGUUACGAAAGUUUUAGUAUCUUGUAUCAAAAUCAUGCAAAGAUGAUACGUGGAUUGCUUGAAAAGCUGGGUUCAUAUGCUCAGGGUAUAAAUGGAGGUACAAAUAAAAUAUUGUUUCAGCAGCUUUUUUGCAGGCCAAAAUUUAAGCUUUGACUUAAAUACCUUUUCAUGUUUUGGAAUUGUAUACUAAAUGUGAAUUCCUAGCAGGGCCCAUUUUUAGAGAUGUGAGGAUAUGUAGACUUACUGUCAGUUUUUAUUAAACGCUGAUGAAUAUAUUUUUUUUUCAGCUGUAAAAUUUCCAUAGUAGUAUAACAUUAUUAAAAUAUGUUGAAUAUUUUGCAGUAAGCAUAGAGGUGCUGUCAUGCACUCAACUAAAUCAUCAGUCUUCAUUGCUCUGCAGGCUAAUCUUUUUAGCUUCUAAUAUAAUUGGCUCAUAACUUAAGGAUCAGUCUGAAAUACGACUUGAGCUGCAUGUCAUAUGAAGGAAAUCCACCAUGGAGAGCUUUAAUUAUAUCACCUCUUUCAUCUUGACACUUCUGGAGCUUUCAAAAUUUGAACCAAGUAGAAAGAAAUAAUAGCUUGUUGGGUUUUUUAUUUAUAUAGUCCAGGUUUAUAAAGCAAUUUACAUAACAAAUAAAGGCAUUAUAUUUUUCUUGCCCCACAGAGCUUACAGUCUAACUUUAAAAGGGAUUUGAGGAUGCAGGGUAGAGAGGGAGGGUGGCAGCUCUUACUGUGGGAACACAUAGCAUCCUUGAGCUUUUCAUCUUAUUUCGUAAUAGCUGUAAUAUCCGUAACUUCGUUUGCAGACUGGCGGUCUGUUUGUUGUUGCGUAUCCAUAGUUCUGUCCGUUAGAAGAAAGUUUGUUUUUAAGCCUGAGAGCUGUACUUAAACUGUGUUCGUGAAACCAUAUGUAUAGAGCUGCUUUUUAAAAGCAUCCGUGCUAAGGGGAAAUAAUACUUUGUCAAGCCAAAAGUUGAAGAAGUUUUCUCUUAAAGACAAUGGCUUUAAGAAUUCUUUACAGCUGCCGUUCCAGUUUAUUGCACUGGGGAAGCUAAAUGAAAAUACGAAGCUCAGCGCUGUGUCCCCGACUUGCUGAGUGACGAUGUGAGCUUGCCGCUUUCUCGCAUCGCCUUGUUUGCACCCCCACUACUUGCUACGUUGCGUUACCUUGUGUAUUUAUUUUUGAAGAGUGGUGUUAGCGAUUGUCAAUGUGCUGAAAACAAAGUAAUUGAUAGAGUUUCUUGAAGGAAAAGACCGCAGAGCAUUUUUGAAUGGAGACCGGUGCUCACUCUGAGAAGAGGAUUUCCUGCCUUUCUUUUUAAAUGUCCCAAUACCCAACUGAGAGGCACACCACUUCCCGCAAGGUGCUGGGUAAGAGGAGAUUCUUCCCGUGAUCCGGUUCCUGUGCUCCGCGUAAGGCUUUCUUCGUCUUUCCCACCGUCCUCCGGCUGUCUUUCCUUGGUUUGGCUUGGACAUUGGAGGGACCUUGGUCAAACUUGUGUAUUUUGAACCAAAGGACAUCACUGCUGAAGAGGAGGAGGAAGAAGUGGAAAAUCUCAAAAGUAUCCGAAAAUACCUGACAUCAAAUGUAGCCUAUGGAUCUACAGGCAUUCGGGAUGUGCACCUUGAACUAAAGGACCUUACCCUGUGUGGACGUAAAGGCAAUCUGCACUUUAUACGCUUUCCUACUCAUGACAUGCCUGCUUUUAUUCAAAUGGGCAGCGAAAAACACUUCUCAAGCCUCCAUACUACCUUAUGUGCCACGGGAGGUGGAGCAUACAAAUUUGAGCAGGACUUUCGCACAAUGGGUGACCUUCAGCUUUGCAAGCUAGAUGAACUUGACUGCCUUAUUAAAGGAGUUUUGUACAUUGAUUCAGUUGGAUUCAACGGACAUUCAGAAUGCUACUAUUUUGAAAACCCAACUGAUGCUGAAAGAUGUCAGAAGCUCCCGUUCAACUUGGAGAAUCCAUAUCCUCUCCUUUUGGUGAACAUUGGCUCAGGGGUCAGCAUUUUGGCUGUGUAUUCAAAAGAAAACUAUAAGCGGGUAACGGGCACCAGUCUUGGAGGGGGAACCUUUUUUGGUCUCUGCUGUCUUCUCACGGGUUGCUCCACCUUUGAAGAGGCCCUGGAAAUGGCAUCCCAUGGAGAUAGCACUAAAGUGGAUAAACUAGUGCGGGACAUCUACGGAGGAGAUUAUGAGCGGUUUGGAUUGCCAGGCUGGGCUGUAGCAUCCAGUUUUGGAAACAUGAUGAGCAAGGAGAAGCGGGAAUCCGUCAGCAAAGAGGACCUCGCAAGGGCUACUUUAGUAACCAUCACCAAUAACAUUGGCUCCAUAGCACGGAUGUGUGCGCUUAAUGAGAACAUAAAUCGAGUGGUUUUUGUUGGCAAUUUCCUUCGGAUCAAUACAAUCUCAAUGAGGCUUCUGGCAUAUGCUUUAGACUACUGGUCAAAGGGACAGUUAAAAGCACUUUUCUUGGAACAUGAGGGUUAUUUUGGUGCGGUUGGUGCUCUUCUGGAACUCCUGGAUUCAGCCUGACUCCAUAGGGAUUCUGUACGUUGGAUCUACGAAGCAGGGGCACUUCCUGGGUCGCAACGCGCACGUUUAUAUAGCUUUUUUUUUUAAAGCUUUCGUUCAGUGACCGAUAAGCAAAUCGUGCGUGACCUAAUCAGGACAGAAAAGGAAAGGACUCUUGUGCUUCUCUUUGUAAACAGUUGAAACUAAUUUUCAGUUGCAGCGUAGGUUUGUUCCGAAGGCGUAUACGUGCAAAUACGUCGACUGAAUGUGGUGGUUGUAUUUGGAACGUCUGUAGGGCAUUCAGUUACUUAUAUCAAACAGCCCUUUUUAUGUAGUCUUCUCCAUAUGUUUAAUGGUGGUAACUUAACAGGAGCCUUGCAC